AUGAUCAAACUAUGGAUUACAGUGUUCCUCCUCCAUCGAGUUUAUACUUUGACAUCAGUGACCACAGUGCAACUUGGUGAACCUGCGACUCUUGAGUGUUUCUUCUCUGCUGAGGGCUACAGCAGUAGAACCAUCCAGUGGUACAAACAGAGCAUUGGGGAUACUCUGGAAUUAAUUACAACUUCGAUUGUAGGACCUAAACUGAAGGUUGAAUCUACCUCAAGAUAUGAACUUAAAACUUUUAAUAAUAUGAGCCAUCUGACUAUCUCAAGCACAACACAAGAAGAUGAGGCCUUGUAUCACUGUGCAGUCUCCGACUGGAAAGGUGCUGAUUGGAGUGGCACAUUUUUGUCCUUAAAAGGAAACACACAGAGGAUGUCAGACUAUACUGUUGUGCAGAGGCCAGUGUCUGAGCCCGUCUAUGAAGGAGACCCUGUGACUCUCCAGUGUUCACUCCUCUCUGACUCGGAGAACAAAGCCUGUCCAGCAGAACACAGUGUGUUCUGGUUCAGAGCCGGAUCAGAUGAGUCUCAUCCCAGGAUCAUUUACACUCAUGGAAACAGGAGUGAUGGAUGUGAGAAGAGUCCUGAGGCUGGCUCUCCUCCACAGAGCUGUGUCUACAAAUUCUCCAAGAACAGCGUCAGCUCCUCUGAUGCUGGGACUUACUACUGUGCUGUGGCCACAUGUGGAGAGAUCCUGUUUGGAAAUGCAACUAAACUGGACAUCAAAGCCAACAGUUGGCCCAUAUCAUUUGAGGAUGAAGAAAAGGCUGGGAAAACAGCCCUGCUACUGCUGUCCGCUACAUUGGCUAUAAGUCUGAUUUUUAUAGCCGUCCUCAUCUACACCAUCAAGAAUACAACAUGCAUUUGUUGUAACGGUAUUGACACAACUUUCUCAUACCUUGUUGUAUAG